ACGGCCACCCCGUCUACCCCUCUCUCUCGUCAUCGGUUCUGUGUUCCCGCCGCUGAACAAAAGACAUUGCUUGGUCUCCUCUCUCUCCCCCCGUCGAUCAUAACCCUCACCGCGGGAACUCCAUCGUCUCCGCCAUCCACCAAACAGGGUGUAAGUUCGCUGAAUCAACAUGUCUGUACAAUCCACUUUCAACCCAUCCUCUUCACUCAAAUUCUUCCGCAGCAACGUUCACUGCACUCCUCCUAAGCCAUGUUUCUCCGUCCGAUUCCCGACCUUCGGUUCUCUCUCUUUCGCGGGUCAUCUGAAAUUCUCGACCUUUGAUUCUCUUUCUUCUUCUCACCGUGUCGGCAGCCAUCGGUUCUCGUUCCGUUGCAAUGCCCGGAAAUCAGAGUCAUCAGUUUCGGUUGGUUCUGAAGAGACAGUGGUUGUUCUUGUUAUCGGUGGAGGAGGACGAGAACACGCCCUUUGUCAUGCCCUGAAACGAUCUCCAUCCUGUGAUUCUGUUUUCUGUGCUCCUGGAAACCCGGGUAUUACAAGCUCGGGAGAUGCCACUUGCAUACCUACCCUCGACGUUUCAGACAGUUCGGCUGUCAUCUCUUUCUGUCACAAAUGGAAUGUCAGCUUAGUUGUUAUCGGGCCUGAAGCUCCCCUUGUUGCGGGCCUCGUGAAUGACCUUCUUAAGGCUGGUAUUCUCGCAUUUGGCCCUUCUUCUGAGGCCGCUGCUUUGGAAGGAUCCAAGAACUUUAUGAAGAUUCUCUGCGACAAGUAUGACAUCCCCACUGCAAAGUACAAAACGUUUUCUGAUGCAUUUGCUGCUAAAGAAUACAUUCAAGAGCAAGGGGCGCCUAUCGUGGUCAAAGCUGACGGGUUAGCAGCUGGAAAAGGAGUCAUUGUUGCCAUGACCCUCGAAGAGGCUUUUGAUGCCGUUGACUCGAUGCUUUUAAAAGGCGUGUUCGGUUCUGCAGGAUGUCGGGUAAUUGUGGAAGAAUUCCUCGAAGGAGAAGAGGCUUCCUUUUUUGCCCUUGUGGAUGGGGAGAAUGCCAUUCCUCUGGAAUCUGCUCAAGACCACAAGCGAGUUGGAGAUGGAGACACGGGACCUAACACCGGAGGAAUGGGAGCGUAUUCUCCGGCACCGGUCUUAACGAAAGAGCUUCAGGAUGUGGUCAUGGAGUCUAUAAUCCACCCAACUGUGAAAGGAAUGGCAGAAGAAGGGUGCAAGUUUGUCGGUGUUCUAUUUGCGGGUCUCAUGAUCGAGAAGAAAUCCGGUUUACCUAAGCUGAUUGAGUACAAUGUCCGGUUUGGAGACCCCGAGUGUCAGGUUCUAAUGGUACGGCUUGAAUCCGACCUCGCAAAGGUUCUACUUGCUGCCUGUAGAGGGGAGCUCGAAGGCCUAACCCUGGAUUGGUCACAAGAUUCAGCCAUGGUGGUGGUAAUGGCAAGCAAAGGUUACCCGGGUUCGUACCAAAAAGGAACAGUCAUCAGAAACCUCGAAGAGGCUGAAUCGGUAGCUCCGGGCGUAAAGGUUUUCCAUGCGGGAACCGAUCUUGAUGCAGAAGGCAAUUUCAUAGCCUCGGGUGGACGGGUUCUUGGUGUCACGGGGAAGGGUAGAGAUCUCGAAGAAGCUAGGGACAGGGCUUAUAGAGCAGUGGAAGAGAUCAACUGGGCAGGAGGGUUCUUUAGGAAUGACAUUGGGUGGAGGGCGCUUAGACGCAAGCAAGUGGUUGCAAAAGACUGAACCGAGAAAACGGAAUUGUAUAUCUAUAAAAUACACAGUGACAACGAGCAUUUCGGUUUAAUAUACAGCAAACCGAGUCAAAUUUAACUAUUU